CUUUUUUUCUUUUUUUCUUUUUUUUUUCUUCUCUUUGUCUUGCAGUAGUUUUGUAUCGGUGUAUUUUUACCUUUUCCCUUUUAUCAUGAUCAACUCUGCAAAAACUCAUGAACAGAUCAAACAUAAUAUGAACAAAAACGAACCUCAUGUCAAGGCAGGAAAACUUUUAACUCAAUUGAUUGAAAAAGAUCAAAAACAACUUGACUUGGCUGACUUAUUAAAAGGUUCAACAUCUCAACAGUAUACACAACCACUUAUUAGACAUACUGAUCAUUUCAUCAAAACUGGUUCGAUACGAAUGCCUGAUAUCUUGGACGAAGCUUAUGAUCGUACGGAAGAUUACAAUACAUUCGCAGGGAUUUUACCAGAAAUUGGUCGUGCUUGGAUUGCUGUAGAUAAUAUUUUGUACUUAUGGGAUUAUAUCAGUGGAACCGAUGUUUACCGUUAUGACGAUCAAGAUCAAAUCAUUAGAGAUGUUGGACUUGUUAAACCGAAACCAGGUGUAUUUGGAAAUCAUAUUCAAUAUGUUCUUGUUGUUACUACUCCUCUUGAGGUCAUUCUUCUUGGUGUUGGUAUUGUGCCAUCUACAACUCAAGGCAAUACUAUGGAUCUUUUUGCUACAGAUAUGUCUGUACCUUGCGAUGAUAUUCAAAUGAGCUCUAUUCAAGGAACUGGAAACGGACGUAUUAUUAUGUGUGGAUCAAAUGGUCAUAUUUAUGAAUUGGAUUACUAUCAUCCAGAUUUAUGGUAUUCUCAUUGUCGACUUAGAUGUUUGACUGCCAGUAGUAUGAUAAAUUAUCUUCCAAGGUUACCUUUUAUCCCCCAAACUAGUCCUAAAUUCAAGUAUAUCGCCAUUGAUGAUGAAAGGAAUGUCCUGUAUGCAUUUUCUGGAGAAUCUACAAUUGAAGUAUUUUAUCUCGGAUCCACCAAAAAUGAAUUUACCAGUGUUGCAAAGAAGACAGAUAUCACUAAUUCGGCGAUUAGUAUGUGCCGCCAAAACUCAAUGAUUGCCUCAGCUCCUGAUUUUAAUAUUGAAUAUCUUCAUGUUGUAUCCACCACUGAAUCCAGUAAGAUCCAUCUUGUAGCUGUUACCGAGAGUGGAUUUCGACUUUAUUUCAGCCAUCAACGUGAUGCCCUACGAACUGCUUAUACGUAUCCUUCUAAUAUUCAAAUGAUACCAAAUGCUCUCGAACUUUUACAUGUACGUUUACCGCCACGACCUACCACAGUAAACCAAACUAUCCAACCUUAUCCAAAGAUCUUUUGCUCCUAUUAUGACUGUGGUGUACUUCUCGACUUUCAGAAAUUUGAUGAUCAUAAUGAUGUGGUAUAUAUGACCUCUGCUACUGUUGGUGACUCGAUACAAUCUACAACUUGUUCUACCAAUGGAUAUAUCUCUCAGCGACCUUCACUCACAGAAACUGUUACGGAAUUGGAACGAAAUGGCAAGGUAUGGGCAAUAUCAGAAGCUUCUACACCUCGGAAAGGCAAAUACGCUCUUAACGAUAUUGGUAGUCAAUUGACAGAUCAACCUCGAAAAUUUUUGGUGUUUACCGAUCGUGGAUUGACUUUUUUCAACAAAGAACGUCCUGUUGAUACUCUCUAUCAUCUAUUAUCAGAAUCCAAACUCAAUCCUGAAAAUUCACAGCGUGAUCUAUUGACCUUUUUUGAUAUGUUUGGCCAAACUCAAGCUUGUGCUAUGUGUCUUAGUAUUGUAUGUGCAAGUUAUGUUUCUAGUUCUCCUGAACAAGAUGAUAUUGGAAGAUGGGCAAAACAACUCUUUUUCGAUUUUGGUGGUCAUCCUUCUGCAGCAGGUCCUUCACCUAUGAUUGGAAACUAUCUUGGUCAGGCAGUUGGUCAGACUGGAGUUAUAUAUAGCAGUAAACAUGAUGGUUUAGCUUUGUAUUUUGCUCGCCUGAUAUCCGAUAUCUGGAAAACAAAGGUGUUCGAAAUUAGUUCGGGAACGAAUCAAGCUGACUUGUCUAGUCGAAUUCAAUCAAAUUUAUUCAAUGUACAAAACAAUCUUUCAAGACUCAAACAUUUUAUGGACCAAAAUCCCGAUUUCCAUAACAUGGCCGCUAUAACCAAUGACAGAUUCCAAUCCAAUGAUCAUAAUGCACUUCAAUUACUAUUAACGGAACAACAAUCAGUACAUGACCUUUAUGAAUUGUUGAAACAAUGUAUUGAAGCGAUAUCAUUUAUAGAUUUUGUCAUUGAUGCUAAUGUCAAGGAUGUUUUACAAUGUGUGCCUGAAUCAAGCAAGAACGAAAUAGUGAAUAUGACAUUGGAAUCUAUGUUGUCUUCUCCUCAAGGUGUGGCACUUAAACGUGAAUUAGUAAUUGCGGCUAUUUAUAGGUAUGGAUCUACUCAUAUUCAUGCGGGCUAUGAUGUGGUCAGUGAUUUUCUUCAACGAAAAUGUCCCUCCUUUUUUGGUGCAAGUGACAUGGCUUUUUACAAGGGUGUAGAAAACCUUACCUGUGCCCAUAAAGCUGACGUGGACUAUGAACGAAAUAUUGCUUUGGAUGAAUCACUCAAAUAUUUCAAAGACGCGGCGGAUAGUAUUACGGAUGACAAGAUGACAGAAAUAUGUGCAGAAUAUCGGUAUCAAGGUUAUUAUAGGGGUGUGGUCAAACUUGCAUUGGAACGAGCUAGGAGGCUGGACCCUCAAGAACAAGGAUUGGCGUACAUGGAAUCAAUCAGUAAAAUACCAUUAAUAACAACGACAGCAGACGAUCCUAGAGUACAGUUCUACGACCUUCGUUUACGAUGUUACGAACAAAUCUUCCAAUCACUUGCAGAAGUUAGGCAGUUACAACAUGGUAUCAAAGUGAUGGUAAAAGGGCGACAAAUUCAGGUCAAUCAUCCUGAUGCACUGGCCAACGAAGUACUAUCAACAGCAUUAUCAUGUGAUGAUAAACUAUUCCACUAUACACUAUAUCAACGACUUUUGGCGGAAUCUAACAAUGACAGCAGUAUGUUGACAGAAUUGUUAUCAGUAGACACUAAGUAUAUUGUACCUUUCCUAAAAGAAUAUGUCAAUGCUUUUGAUGGAAUGAACUUCUUAUGGCAAUAUUACCGACGAAGGGAACAAUAUUACGAAGCUGCUUUAUAUCUGGAAGCACUUGCUAUGGAAACACCUGAUCUCUCUAUCAAUAAACGAUUGGAAUAUCUUGGUCUGGCAAUAGUAAAUGCUCGCUCACGGGACCCUAAACAUUUGGAAUUACAAGAAUCAACACAACUAUUACAACGACUGGAACAACAAAUGGAACAAGUACGAACAAUGUCACUUUAGAAUAUCAAAAAUCUUUUUUAAACAGAAAAUAGAAAUAAAAUCAAAGUCGAUGAUGGGUUUAGUGGUUUUUGAUAGGAUGGUCUUUAUUUAAUUAUUGUGUUUGUCUAUUGAGUGCAUGUGACAUGCUUGAUUUUUUC